AUGUAUGUCGAAGGCACUGUAGUCGCGGAUGGCAACCAUGCCGUCCCCAAAGGCGUCGCCGUGGAAGAAUUGAACAGUGGUAAGAAAGGGCUCCAAGAAAAGUGUCCCCCCGAUCUCAAGGAACUCCUCGAAAAGAAAGGACUGAUUGCUGUCUACGACGACUUGGUGAAAAGUGUUGUGGACGCGAGUAGAACCCGUAACGUGUUUGGUCGGUGGAGAGAUCAAGAAUUCGUUUCCAUCAUUGAUCAGUUUCGCGAUCUGUUUGCCUCCAAAGGCGUGAAAGUGGCCUUGUGUAAGCGCGAAUCCGGUUCGGGAGUUAGGCGUUGGUUGGAGUUUAUCGAUGUUGAUAUUGCGGGAAUGUAUGUUCCCCAAUACGAUGUCGCCAACCUAAGUGGCCAAGUAAUCAAGACCAUGUACGCUACAUUGAAAUUCCCUAAUGGUGUGGGCGUGGAAGAAUUGCGGCAGAUGGGGGGUCGGAAACGCCUCAAAGAAAAGAUACCGGUUCAAGUCGAAGAAAUUAUUGCCAGGAAGGGCUUGAUGGAUGCCUACGAUGCUCUAAUUCUAGCAAUUGUGAAUGAGGGAGCUGGAAAGCAUACCAAAAUGUGGAAUAUUGAAAAAUUGAAGGAAAUUGUCCACUCGCAUCAGCCCAAUUUUGCCGUGAAAGGCGUAGAAGUGUUUGUUAGCCACAAACAGGAAUAUGUUUCCCAUGGACAGUAUGGAGGACAUCACGAAUAUUUUCGUUGGGUAGAAUUUGUUGAUCGCGAGCUCCAGCCUAACUAUCAUCCCCAACGCGAUGCCGAUUCCAAAUCAGAGAAGUGUGUCAUCUCGUAGAGGUUAAGGUUUUUGCUGAAGAGAGAAGCAACACUUCUGUGUAAGCGAAUAUACCUCAUCUGACGUAGGAUAGU